GUUUCGCUCCUCAUGUCCUCCACCCCUGUUGAUUUGCAUGAACCCUAAUGGCUAAUGUCCCUAAUCAGAAUGGAAUUGGAACCCACCUAACCCCCAGCCAGCCUUGUGUCUCUUCUCUCUCGAGCUCGACAGUCCAUCACUCACGGCGGCUCACGACGGCUCACGGCGUCACCUUCACUUCGUCACUCACUCGUCGCUCCCCUCACCUCGUCGGUCGUCACUCUUAAUCUCUCACGGCCUUACCUCGUCGCGCUCUCGGUCUCUCACCUCGUCCCCUCACCUGGUCGUCGUCUUCUUGCUUCUCAAGGUCUCUGUCUCGCACCUGGCCUCGAUCUCUCCCUUCCCUGCGCUCUUCGUCGCCGGUAGCAGAGGCAACAUAUUCCGGUGGGCUUAUCUUCGUUGUCGUCUUCUUGCUUCGAACCUUGCCGUCAGCUUCUCCCUCGCCAUCAGCUUCUCCUUCGCCGUCAACUUCCUUCUUGCAACCCGAUUUGAAUAAUCACUUUGUUAAGUUUUGCUUCAUCUCUCUGCCCAGGUAACCUCGUGUAAGCUAUGGCGGCAAGUGGGAGAAUCUUUCAAACCUCCUAAGACAUGUACCACAGUUUCAUGGACUUUCCGUGGGUUUUAUGAGAAGGCACUUCUUGAUUAUGAAAGACAUAAGAUAAAAGGUGGUGAGCUGAGUGUUCCAAUUCCUUCACAACCAGAGCCUAUGAAUAUCGAAAAUCGGAAGGCUAUUACGUUUCCAGCAAGAAGAAUAGUUCAUCUGUGCGACUUUGCAUCUCUAUGGUUUUCUACAUGUUUACCUCCCUUCCCCAUCCCUAGGAAAGUAAUGCCUACACGUGGGUUUUAUGGCAUGAAGCAUUGUUAAAUGUGAAUACGUGAUUAAGUUUGAACAACAACAACAACAACAACAAAGCCUUAUCCUACUAGGUUGGAUCGACUACAUGGAUCAAACUACGCCAUUGUGCCCUGUCAUGAUGAUUAAGUUUGAACAAUAGUUUAAAAUGGUUUGAUUUCUACCUUCUUGUAAUGUAGUAGCUGCUUUGCGGGAGGAAUUAAACUGGCGCUCUAUCAUUAUCUGUUUAUAUCUGUUAUCCCUGUUGUUAUUUGUGUUUCAAUGAUGAUUCUAUGCAGACUUCAGCAUCAGGUAGAGCACGUAGAGAUGCUGCAGCACGCGCUAUGCGGGGUUGGCACUCACAACGUCUUCUAGGCAAUGGUGAAGUUGGUGACCCCAUUAUUAAGAAGGAUUGCUUUGAGGUAUAUGCUUUAGUUCCUAGUCUACUUCGAGAAGAGGUAAUAGCAUAUAUUAGGAAAGAGAAGAGGUAUAUGCUUUAGUUCCUGGUGAAAAUGUAACAGAUUUCAGUCUGACAUCUGCUGCAUUGGAUACUAAUUCGAAAGGGAAGGACAAGAUUAGGUCUGAUCAGGAUGAAGAUGAAAUUAUAACCCCUUCUGAUGCUGUUGUGGGUGAAACAUGUGAAGGGGAGUCUAAAAUGGCAGUUAACGAUGCAAUGAAUGUUGGCUCGUCAACUGUAUCAGAUCCCCACAAAGCUGAAGUGAUGCCAGAUGUAUUGCCUGAAAUUAAGAUAUAUGCUGAUGAAAAUGUGAGAGAUUGCGUUUUUACAUCUGAACUGGGGACUAGUUUGAAGGGAAAGGAUGAGAUCAAAACAGAUGUUGAAGAAGUUGAAAUUAUAGUCCCUUCGGAUACUGGUGUUGGUGAAAAUGAAGAUGACUCUGCAAGAUCAGUUAGAGAUGCAGUUAACUUGGAUCCUCAAGUGGCUGGUGGAGUUGUUAAUCUGAAGGAAAAAGACAGUGCCGAGUUCCCUUCUGUGCUUGGCCAAGAUGAUUCCCCACUUGGUUCAAAUUCUGUUGUAAUAACAAAUGCUUCAAUACGUGAUGUACAGUUAGAGUCUGCUCAUGUUCAGUUUUCUAAUUCUAGUGAUGCUCAGACUUUACUUGAAAAGGAAGAAGAAAAUACUAAUUCUAAUAUCCUUCCUACAAGUGUUGAUAGAACUGAAGAAUCGCCUUCAGCUCAAGCUCUGAUAAACGACGCUGCAAAAGAAUGGAACUCACCGGCAAGAUAUCCUACGGAAAUGAAGAGGGAAAAAUGGAAAGCCAAGAGCAGACCAUAUUGGAUACAAUUAGUAUGUUCCUCAUCAGUGGAUCUUCAGAGAAGGCAAAAAACUGUCAUAUGAUGGUUAUGGUUAUAGUUAUAGUUAUUUUCAUGCUAUUUGGGGUCUUGUCUGCUUCUAGAGUUGAGAUACAUAUUUUGAUCAUGCGUCUCAUUCUAUUGAACUGGGUAACCUCCUAGAAGUUUGGUUGUAUAUUUGAAACAUGUUCAGUUGCCAUUACUGUUUAUGUUAUUUUAAUGUAUCAUUAUCAUGGCUUUGGUGCUUUUUAUAUAUUGAAAAUUAAGAAAA